AAUGGCGGCCGAAACCGAAGCAAAAUAUCUUGACAGAAAACGUGCUGCAGUUCGAUAUUUGAAAGACAACGAAGUCCCAAAACGCUUUCAAAGACUACUAAACGAUGUAGUAGUUAAAAGGCCUGAUGAUAUCUUUGGUUACAUGGCGGAAUAUUUUGCCAAGGAAUCCAAACCGCCCACAAUAGCAAAUGUAAUAACUUCAGAGGUCUUCAGUACCAGACGAUAUCCUAGUUUCCAAGUGGAAAUUCAGGCUUUAGUUCAUGGAAAUAUCAUGACCCUGGGUAGCUGUAAAGCACCAUGGGAUGGUAAACCAGCUGAAACAAAACCUGCCGUGAAGGGUAAAAGCCCUGCUCCUGUGGAUUCUAAACUUUCCAAAACAGAUGGACAAUGUUCGCCAGAAGAUCCGGAAGAUGGAAUACAAGCAGUUAUUCAAAAUAUUCAUGAUUUUAUCAAACCUUUGCUAAUUGGCUGUCAACUUUAUGAUCAAGAAGAAAUUAACAAAACUUUAGAGGAGAUCAUCUCACAAAGAUCGACAGAAAAAGCUCAAAGUUCAACAAUGUGUGUAAAAGAAGACGUUGCAUCUGAAAAUGAAAAGGUGAUAAAGGAGGAUGAAGCUCUUCCAAACGAUGAAAUGGAGCCAGAGGAAGACAGCUCUACUGAACCAGCUGUUCACUUGGACAUCCUGACUAUAUCAAUGGCUCUUGUUCAGUCUGCAAGUGAUUUACAAAAAUGUCAGCUGUACCAAUAUUUGUAUAAAACAAUACAUAAUGAGGAGCCAACCUCUCUUUCAUUGCCCACACCAUUGAUGAAUGUGUUAAGAUGUGACAGAAGAACUGCAGGAAAGCUGUACAUGUUCAAAGAUGUGAUGAUUUUUAUGAAGAAAAAUACACCAGCAAUGCAGUCUUUGAAAAAUAUGACAGAAAUUUACCAACAGCUGGAGUUGAUUGUACAACAAAAGCCAAUAUCAAAUAUGAUGGCAGACAAUGGUGCUUUAACUCCUUCUGUGGAUAAAGCAGAACAAGGCCUUGAUCUUAUUCGUGAUGGGAUUUCUGCAGCAGGAUACAGCUUUGAGGAAGAUGUGGCUGUUGCCAUAACCUGUGCAUGUAAAGAUAUUUAUGACAAGGAUAAACAGAAGUAUGAGGUAUCUUCAAAUACGUUUAAGUCUUGUGAUGAGUUGAUCAACUUUUAUGUUGAUUUGUGUGAUCAUUAUCCUGAGAUUAAAGUUCUGGUGGAUCCAUUUGCUCCUGAGGACCGUGAAUCAUUUGGAAAACUAAGCGAGAGAAUAAGAGGAAAUUGUUUUCUAAUCAACCAAGAAACAUUCUCUAAUAAUCGCAAAGUUUUUGGAAAGAUUUUAAAGAAAGGAUUCGUUUCUGGAAACGUUGUGAAAACAGAAAACGUAUCGACAAUUCACCAGUUCUUGGAACAAACGAAAACUAUCGAAGAUUGUUCCAGAAUCCUUUUCAUUUCUCCAAAUGAAGUUGACACAGAUGAACAUUUUAUAGUUGAUGUGGCUGUUGCAGUUCAGGCUGAUUUUCUUAUACUUGGAGGUCCUGGGAGGUCAGAAAACAUCGGAAAAUACAACCGAUUGCUGUCGAUUAUAAACGAGUUGAACAAACGAGAUCUUCUUGUGGCUAAAGAACCAAUAUUACCUCACACCACAAGCCCUCAAAUUGAGAUUGAGACGGAGAAGAAUGAAACAUAGUGAACUUGAAAUAUUUGGAUUCUUAUCAACGAUUUUGUUGUAAAAUUUGUUAUAACCUUUUUAAUCAUUUAUACAGCUCGUUUCAGACGAGAAAA